AUGUUUAUAAAUGGAAUUUAUUUUAUUUGUCUAUAUAUUUUGUCUAUCUCUCAGAAACUCGAAACUUCGGAAAUAGUUAUUACAAUUUUGAGUCAAAAAAACGACUACAACAUAGAACAAGCACUCAGAUUAAAAAAUAAUAUUUUGAAGCAAACAAAAUCAAUUGAAGAGCCACGGUUAGGUCGAGUAUAUAUGCUUCAUGAACAAUUUCCAGGACCUGGAAGUUGGACUAUUAUCCCAAUUAUAAAAAUAUUAUACAAAAAUAAUAAACAUGCAAAGUGGUUUUUAUUUUGUGAAGAAAACGCUUAUGUGAAUUAUGACAAUUUACAAUUGUUUUUGAAAAACAAGAACUCUAAUGAAUCUGUAUGGAUGGGAUAUGGUGUUAAAGAUAAACAUCCUACAAUAAUUCAUCAUUAUGCAUUUGAAGAAAAUGAAGAUAAAAGGGUUUCUUACCCGUUGUUUGCUGCAGGAUUUGUAAUGUCUGCUGAACUAUUAAAAAAUAUUGCAAAUUCAAAUGUAGACACUUUGAGUUCAGAUUUUUCAAUUGAUGCAUCUUAUGAGUUAUCAUUAGCAAUUAAUCAAAAAAUGCAGCAUCUACCUUUGAAGUUUUGUUUGAAACUUUCACCAGAUUGCAUUGUUCAUCCUUUGUCUGAUAGGAGUGAAUGUACACGUUAUGGAAAAGUGACAAAAGAUUCGAUAUAUUUUGCUGUGAAAACUUGCAGUAAAUUUCAUUCAGACAGAGUUCCAGUGUUACAAUCUACUUGGGGCCGAGAUGCUGUGCACAUUGAAUAUUUUAGUGAUAAACUUGAUGAUACUAUACCAACUACUGUAUUAGAUGUACCAAAUACUGAAAGAGGACAUUGUCUUAAGACCAUCACAAUUUUCAAAUACUUAUCUAAAAAGCUUUUGUCAAAUAAAGCUGUGAAAUGGAUUGCAUUAACAGACGAUGAUACGCUUUUAAGUGUUCCUCGGUUAGCAUCAAUACUGAGUUGCUGGAAUGGUCAGCAAAUUGCACUUGGUCAAAGAUACGGUUAUAAUAUUCGAGGAGAUCAGUCUUUAGGAUACAAUUAUCUAACAGGUGGAGGAGGUAUUAUAUUUCAUGUUGCAUUAGUGCAUAAAUUGACCACUUGUCAAUGUUAUGCACUUGAUGCACCCGAUGAUAUGGUAUUAGGCAUGUGUUUGAAAGCUUUAAAUGCUACAGUGGUCCAUUCUCCAGUAUUCCAUCAAGCUAGACCACAAGAUUAUGCUGACGAGUAUUUGGAAUCUUAUCCAAUGGUUUCUUUCCAUAAACAUUGGAUGAUAGAUCCGAUAGAAGUUUAUCGUCAUUGGCUUUAUCAAGAUUCUUCUUUUGGGCACAAUGAGCUUUAGGGAGGAUACUUGAAGAGCACAGAACUGCAUUUAUGGAAUGGAGUUUAUUAAAAUUAUAUAUAAAGUAUUAUUUACUAUUUACCUGUCCAUUUGAAGCGCCCAAUACUGAAUUAAGUAUAAAAUCUGGAGGCACUAUAGCAUCAGCAAGUGAAACUGCUUCAUUCUUAAGACUUGAACAUAAAUCUAUUAUGGAUCCUUUAACUAUUACAGAUGCUAAUGGCCCAUUAGCAUAGCCACCUAUUAAUUAAAAUAAGUAAUAAUCGUUAAUAUUUUAAAUAUUUAAUGUUUUUAAUCAU